GAUCCCCCGCGCCGGUCCCGCGGGGCGGCGCCGGGUCGGUGCGGGUGCCGGUCCGGCGGCGCGGGCCGGGGUCGCCGCGGGCUGCCCGGAGGGGGGCGGAGCAGGAGCCGCCGCGCCCGUGCGCGCGCUGGCCGGUAGGGGCCGCUGCCGCUCCCCGCAGGGCGCGGGGGGGCGGGGCCGGCGGGCGCGGCGCGAGGCCCGGUCGCGCGGCGGCGGCGUCGCUCCUGUUGGCCCAGCCGGCGGCGGCCAUGGCGGCCGUGCUGUCCCCGCGCCUCUGCGACAGCGACCCGGCCACGCCCGGCGCGCAGUCCCUCAAGGAUGACACAGAAGAAAAUUCCAAUGAUGGCAGCCAGCCAUCCAAAAGACGGCGUAUGGGCUCAGGGGACAGUUCUCGAAGCUGUGAAACUUCCAGUCAAGACCUUGGGUAUAGUUAUUUUCCUGCUGAAAAUUUGAUAGAAUACAAAUGGCCACCUGAUGAAACAGGAGAAUACUAUAUGCUUCAGGAGCAAGUCAGUGAAUAUUUGGGUGUGACUUCCUUUAAAAGAAAAUAUCCAGAAAGGCGAGAUUUAUCUCACAAGGAGAAACUCUACCUCAGAGAACUAAAUGUUAUCACAGAGACUCAAUGCACAUUAGGUCUAACAGCUUUGCGUAGUGAUGAAGUAAUUGAUCUUAUGAUUAAAGAAUACCCUGCCAAACAUGCUGAGUAUUCUGUUAUACUGCAAGAGAAAGAACGGCAGCGAAUAACAGAUCAUUACAAAGAGUAUUCUCAAAUGCAGCAGCAGAACACACAGAAAGUAGAAGCCAGUAAAGUUCCUGAAUAUAUUAAAAAAGCUGCCAAGAAAGCUGCAGAAUUCAACAGCAAUUUAAACCGAGAGCGGAUGGAAGAAAGAAGAGCCUAUUUUGAUUUACAGACACAUAUUAUCCAGGUGCCUCAAGGGAAAUACAAAGUCUUGCCUACAGAGAGAACAAAGGUUAGUCCUUAUCCAGUGGCUCUCAUACCCGGCCAGUUCCAGGAGUACUACAAAAGAUACUCUCCAGAUGAACUUCGUUACUUGCCGUUAAACACAGCUCUUUAUGAACCUCCUUUGGAUCCAGAGCUGCUUACACUGGACAGUGAUGGAGAUUCAGAUGAUGCAGAGGAAGGGCGAGGUGAAGAAAAAAGGAAAACCAAAGGCAAUUCGGACAAUUCGUCUGGCAAUGUAUCUGAAGGUGAUUGCGCCACAGACAACCAGGAGGAUUCUUUUCAGGGAAGACAAAAAACAAGAGACAAAAGUGCUACUCCAAGAAAAGAUGGUUCCAAACGUUCUGUAUUACCCAAAUCAGUUCCUGGGUACAAGCCAAAGGUCAUUCCAAAUGCUAUAUGUGGAAUUUGUCUGAAGGGUAAGGAGUCCAACAAGAAAGGAAAACCUGAAGCUCUUAUACAUUGCUCCCAGUGUGACAACAGUGGCCACCCUUCUUGCCUUGAUAUGACCCCGGAGCUUGUUGCUAUGAUUAAGACUUACCCUUGGCAAUGUAUGGAGUGUAAAACGUGCAUUAUAUGCGGGCAGCCUCACCAUGAAGAAGAAAUGAUGUUCUGUGAUGUAUGUGACCGUGGUUAUCACACUUUUUGUGUGGGGCUUGAUGCUAUCCCUUCAGGUCGCUGGAUUUGUGAUUGUUGUCAGAAAGACCCUCCUGUACCCAGAAGAGGAGGAAGAAGGGGGAAAAACAGCAAGGAGGGCUAAGAAAACCCUAAAAACUUGCUGUCCAAAACUUUACUGCACAAAUUAAAGUGAUACUCUGGUGCUAUUUAAUCAACCACUCUAUAAGAGGAGCAAUACCACUUUUUUGUUUUUUUCCUUUUUACUAAAUAAACUUUGUCUAUAUAGUGAUUUUUUGUGAUACAAGUCACUAAUGUCCUUUCAGGUGUUGAGAGGCAAGCCAAAUUACCACUCAAAAAAGAGAAAGCUUUUCAGUAAUGACAUUUAAAUUAUACAUGCAUUUGUGUAAAAUUAUAGCAAUAUACUUAUUUAUUUCAGUGCACUUAUCAGUAAGCCCUGUGAAAAGAAAAUUACAGAGCAAUUUAAUGUACUUUAUUUGCAUAGCAACUGGUUAUUCUGAAAUACUCAACCAAAGCAAAAAGUAUUCCUGGUAAAAGUAACUUCUAAGGAAGAGUAGGCAUGAGAUGACCUUCUUACAAUAUACUGCAAAUCCCUUUCAGCAGAAAUUUUCUGUGCAAGCUAAUGACUUAUUCAUAAAUAUGUGCUUGAAAAAAAAAUCAAUCACAAAAAGCUAUCAAGGGAAGUGUAAGAAAGCACCUCUCAAGCUUGAGAUACCUAUAUGCUGUGUUGUUUUUAAUGAGACAAAAAUGUCAUAUUGACAAGUAAAAACAGCUGAGGGUUCCCUCUCCCUGCAGUAAUAGCAAAGAAGCAACAUGCACUUGAUUCAGGUCAUGGAUUUGUAGUGGUGAUGAGUGACUGGACCAACCUCUGUUUGGCAGAUGGCCGAUGUGAUGUACAGCACACGCAGUUAAAAUACAGACCAUCUAUUCCCUUAGGUGAUUGAUUGUUUUCUCCUUCCUGCACCCUAAGCUCCUCAACUUCAUGAAUACACUCAAACACGUUGCUGAUCAGUUUUACUGGAGAUGCUUGCUCAGAAAAUAAGCAGGUUUUAUUUUUAAAUAUGCUCUAAAUUGAGAGGGGGACUGAAGUGCAGUAGUUUAUUCAUUUUUCUUUAUAAAAAA